CAAAUCGUUUGCCCGAACAGACUGGAACGUAAUUAAAAUAUGUCUUCCGGGGUGUUAAGGCGGACUAUUUGCAGCUUUAAACAUGUCUUUCGUGCAAGAUAUGUUUCUAGUUCGACAGCCAAAAUGAAAUUCAACGAGCCGUUGUCUGGUCACGAUAUGCCACGCGCAGGUGGCAUUGCCUCCAUGAUGCGAUUGCCGAUUCAACAUACGUCUGAAGGCUUGGAUGCCUGUUUUGUGGGAGUUCCGUUAGAUAUUGGAACAUCGAACCGAUCUGGCACUAGGUAUGGUCCGAGGCAGAUACGCUGCGAAUCAUCACUGCUGCGCAGAGUUAACACUGCUACAGGUGCGUGUCCUUUUGACUCGAUGCAAGUGGCAGAUGUGGGGGAUGUGAACCUGAAUCUGUACCACCUGCCCAAGGCCUGCGAGGACAUUCGCAGACACUUCCUUGGGCUCAUUAGGAAUGGUUGUGUGCCCCUAGCAAUGGGAGGUGACCAUACCAUGACGUACCCAAUCCUGCAGGCAAUCAAGGAGAGAUAUGGUCCGGUAGGUCUAGUGCACAUAGAUGCUCACUCUGACACCAAUGACCUCAUGUUGGGAGAGAAGAUAGCCCAUGGGACUCCAUUCAGGCGGGCUAUGGAGGAGGGGUGUCUGGUGGGCAACAAGGUCAUACAGAUAGGGCUGCGGGGCUCUGGCUACGGCCUGGAUGACUAUGAGUGGGGCAAGUCUCAGGGUUUCCGCAUGGUGCCUGUCCAUGACUGCUGGCACAAAUCCCUUGUGCCACUUAUGGCUGAGGUGCGGAAUAUGAUGGGGAGCCAUCCCAUUUACAUUUCCUUUGAUAUUGAUGGGCUUGAUCCAAGCUUUGCACCAGGAACUGGAACUCCAGAGAUCGGGGGUCUGACCUCCAUUCAGGGCCUGGAGAUAGUGCGAGGCUGUAGAGGGUUGAACAUUGUUGGAGGAGAUCUUGUUGAGGUGUCUCCUCCAUAUGAUGUGCAGGGUACUACAGCCCUGACUGGUGCCAACUUGUUGUUUGAAAUGCUCUGUGUCUUGCCCAAGUGUAAAUAUGGCUUGCGAUAAUAUACAAAACAGGACAGCCACUUGGGAACUGCACAAACAGCUCCACUAGUAAAUCACAAAAGCAUUCUAGUCAGUUUGAUGCAUUUAUACAGAGUACUUGGUGUUAGUAUAACCAGAAACUAAAUAUGACAAUAGUUUAAAUAUACCGGUAUGUAACCAGACACAACUGAUAAAUUUAUGUGUUCCUGUCCUCUUGUAACGUUUGUUCAGUCAUCAUUGGUUGUUGUAAUCUUAUUGGUUGUUAUCAUGUACAAGUCCGGUCAGAUAUUAUUGCUCUAUCAGAUAUAUGCUCAGGAAGCGUUAAUCAAUCAAUAUAUCCUAUGUUUGGUGCUAUAUCAUAGGUCUGUGAUAACCAUUAUGCUUUAUAAUUUGGUUUAUACACUUCAAUACUUUCCUAACGCAAUACUUUUCACCCUUUUAUAUUUCAGUUAUGAGUUCAGAUUAUUGGACGUUCAAGUACGUGGGGUAUGUAUGUUUUCAUCUUUUUGCACGUGAAAAUAGUGAAAUGAGAUAUUUUUCUAAAAAAAGUUUAAAUUUCAACAUUUUAGGUGUUUUUUACACCAGGAAAACAUAAAAUGAAUUCUAAAAAAUGUAUGGCUAAUAGGAAUAUAUAGGAGCGUGACCACGCAUUUUGGCAUUUUACAGGCUACCUGCAAAGGUAUUGGAGACUUUUCUAACGCAACUCUUCAAAUUUGAAUAUCUCACUUAUGAGUACAGAUUUUUUAUUUAAAAUUGUACAUGUGAUCAUUUGACAACAUUUGGUGCAAGCUUACCAUAAAAUCAUUUAACGGUUACGAUCGGACGCUUUAGCAUGUGGGGUGAGUAGCCUGCAAUAUGCCAAAAUGUACGGUUGUGCUUCUGAAUAUUCUGAGUCAUGCAUUUAAAAAAUUUUAUUAGUAUGUUUUUCUGGUGUAAGAAACCACCUAAAAUGAUUAAUUGAUAUAAAUGUAGAACAAUAUCGCGUUUCACCAUGUCCACGUGCACACGGAUGCGACCAUACAUACCCCAUGUGCUAAAGCGCCUGAUCGUCACGGAUGAAUGAUUUUAUCAUGACUGCUCAAAAUGAAGUCAAAUGAUCAUAAUUUAUGUUAAAUUUUUAUUCAAAAUUUUAACUCGUAUCUUAGAUACUCAAAUUUGAAAAGUGUUGUGUUAGAAAAGUCUCCAAGUGAACUUGUAUUGAUAUAUAUUUUUAAAUGUUAUUAUACCCCACGUAUUUGGGGCAUAAACUUGAGGCAUAGUUCCUUAUAAUAAGAACUUGGUAAUUAGCAUUUUUUUGUCUUUAUACCUUAUGAUUACACAAGUUAUUGCUUUUUUAAUUUACACAUUCUAUAAUAUCAUUAAUAUUAUAACAUGUGCAGCGGCGUCGUGUGUGUGUGUGUGUGGGGGGGGGGAUUCUUUGUUCUUAGUCACUAUUGUGAGUUUUGUGUCAGGGUUAAAUCUUGCCAAGGUUUUUAUUUUCCAAUUAUCCGGUGUUGUAACAUUUCAACAUGUGUUCUUAUGUAGACAGAACUGCAAUAUUGUUAAAGUAUAUAUUUUGUAUAAUAAACCGUAAAAUGACGAA